AAAUUUAAAAAAAAAUAUCUUACAUAUUAAUCAUAAUAAGCUAAAUGAUAUAACUACAAUAACUACAAUCAAUUAUUCAAUAUAUAAAAAUCCAUAAAAAAAUAUCAAUUUUUUAUAUCUUAAUAAUCUUAAUAAUAUUAAAAAAGAUAAAAAAUCGGUUUUUAUCAUACUAAUCUCGUAAAUAUAAAUACUAUUCAUCUUCCUACUUAAACAAUUCUGUAAAAAAAUACCUUUAAGAAAGAAACUUUAAGCUUUUCAAAUUUUUCGAAAAAUACGAAAAUGCAGUUUCUUAAAAAAUUCAAAAUGAAAUAUUAAACACUAAAUCGAUUCAAGACCUUCAUAAUAAAAUUAAAAACAACUAAAUUACUUGUGAAUAAAUAUAUAUUACUUACUCUCUCCGUUUAAUAAAAUACUCUUACCCUCUAAACCAUUUAGCAGAUGUAAAUUUGGAAAAAGGCUUAUAUGAAGCUUAAUAAAAAGACUUAUAAAAACCAGAAUAAAUACCCAUUUUAUACGGAAUUCCAAUUGCUGUAAAAGACCAUAUUACUACAAAAGGCCUUUUUAGUACAAUGUGCUUAUAAUCACGUUUAGUGGAUUAAUACGAGCGAUAAAAAAGGGAAAAUACAGAUGAUUUUCAAGAAGGAGACAAUCAUAACGAAAUACACGAAUACAAUGAUUGCGAAUACAUAAAAAGUUUAAAAUAAUACGGCGCAAUAAUAAUAUCAAUGACAAAUACUCCCAUAAACUGCCUACAUUUUAUAACUGAUAAUAAAAUAUUUGGUUUUUCCUAAAACCCAUAUAACCAUAAAAGAACAACUGGAGGUUCAUCAGGAGGAUCAGGAGGGGUAAUGGCUAUUAGAGGAUGUUGUGUUGCUAUAGGAAGCGAUAUUUUAGGUAGUAUAAGAAUGCCUUCGGCUUGGUGUGGUAUUUAUGGAUUUAACCCUUCUGGGAAAAGAAUUUCGAAAAAAAAUUCCAUGGGGUUCAAUUUGGAAUAUGAUUGUGAUAGUUUAAAGAGUAUUUAGUGCUCUUUUGGGCCUAUGGGGAAAUGCGUUUAGGAUUUAGUGGAUAUUCAAAAGUGUGUUUUUGGGAGUUUUGGGGAUAAAGAUUUAGCUUGUAUAAAUUUGGGCUUUAGUUAAUUUAGUUAUUAGGAAAAAACUUAGUUUAGGUUUGGAAUUUUAAAGGACGACAAAGCAAUAGGAUUGGCAGAUUUUAAUAAAAAUUUAUUAAAUGAAAUUAAAGGUUUAUUGAAGAAAAAUCUAUAUGAAGUUGUCGAAUUCGAGAUAUCGGAAGAGUUUUGGGAAUUAGAGUAUAUUACGAAGAAGUUUAUUAUAGGUAGUCUACCUGAAUCUUGGCUUUUGAAUGAGUUGAGAGGAGAAAAAACUCUUUCUAGUGUAGAAAUGGGAAUUCAUAAAAGAGAAUUACCUUGUUUUUUGUAAACAAUUAUUAAAUAUAUAUUCAAGGGAAUAGGGGAGGAAAUAAUAAGUUAGAAUGUGGAUUGUUGUAUUUCUUUUUCUAGUAUAUAAUAUUAAUAAUUUGAAAAUAGAAGAUCUUUUUUAAAAAAGAAGUUUUUUAAUUACUGGAAAUAAAUGAAUAUAGACGCUCUUAUAUUACCUGUUUCAUAUUAUUGGGCUCCAUAACAAAAUGAAGAUUAACUUCUUGCUUGUAGGUUUUUUGGAGGACUUACAAAUACCUUAGAAUUACCUACUGGAACUUUUCCAAUGAGAUAUGCAGGAGAAUAAGAUGAAGGUUUUAAAGUCAGUUUUUGGGAAAAAAAUAGAAUUUUAAAGAAGUUAAUUUAAAAGAAUCUUAAAGGGAUUAAAGGAAUUCCGAUUGGACUUUAGGUAGCUUGCUUGCCAAUGGAAGAUGAGAAGUGUUUGAAGGCUAUGAAGAUUAUUGAAGAGUUAAAUGACGGAUUUUCACCUUUUGCAGAAUGAUAUUUUAUAAAUAUUAACAGUAUAAAAUAUUUAAAAGUAUUAAUAAUUUUUAUAAAAAUAAAAUAAAAAAUUUUAGGAUAUAGACUUCUUAAAAUUUUAUUUAUAAAUUUUUUUUUUUAUAGUAUUUUAUUUCUUAAAAAUUAUGAACAAACAUUUUUU